AAUAUAUGAAUAUGAAGAUUUUGACUCAGCAGCAGGCACGUCCGAGACCAAAUAUGGUCUUGAACUAACUGAUUCCUGGUACAGAAUUCGCGCACGCAUCGAUAGACCUCUUCAACGUGCCAUAUCGAGAUCUAAAAUACGAAUUGGUUACAAGCUGGAAAUAUGUGGUGCCAAAAUUGAAGGUGGACGGGUUGGAGUGCCGGCUUUGGAUGCCUUGAGCUCAAACAUAUAUCUCAAACUUUCGGCCAAUUCGACAAAACUAGCUAAUUGGGAUGCUAAGCUAGGAGUUGGAAAAUUUCGCCCGUACGCGUUAUUGCGCAGCCUUUCACAGGAUGGAGGCUUUGUUUAUGCAAUUGAUGUAGUAGUACUUCGAAAGUAUCCGCUGGCCUUUCGUGAAACAAUGGAUGAUGGAACUUUUAUCACACGAGAUGCAAAGGGCGAAGAAGAAGCAAGGAGGGAAUAUGAAAAAAAGGUCAAUAUGAUAAUUCAGUCGUCAGAAAACAAAUUUGAAGAAAUAAACGAUGAAGCGGAUUCAAAAGAAAUGUGUCAAAAACCUUUAUCUUUACAAGAAUUUCGAGAAAUCACUUCCGGUGAAGAGCUUUAUAUGCUUAUCAAUAAUAAUUCCGGAGCCUUCGAGUUCUCCCAAAAUUUAAGUCCAAAGCAAAUCGAAAGACUCUGUGAUUAUAUACAGAGAAAGGAACAGAAGAGGAUAUCCAGAAUGAACAAAUGGAUCUGUGAAAAGCUUAAGAAUUCAGGAGGUGCCCGUGAUGUUGUUCCUUUCUUUAAAGUUCGUGUACGUGAUUAUCAUUCACAUUCCGAUGAAAAUGAAGCACUUAUCACUAUUUGGAAUCCCGAUGAGUCAUUGAUCGACUAUAUUCAAGAAGGACGACGAUAUCAGAUACAUUCACUGUCAGCAAGCAAUUCAUUUUCUAAUUUUCUGCCUAUACGUUUAAUGUCGAUCGGAAAUUCGACUAUUUGGAAAGAGGUACCGAUAGAUGCAAACAAAUUUCCAUUUUCAUAUGCGUCGCGAACAAUCACCCUUUGUAGCGAUCUUGAAGAUAAGAAAUAUAAUGAAGAGGUUGAUGUGGUAGCAUUCAUUUUGUUUGUAGGAGAAAUCAUCACUAGAGGGAAAAGAUUUGGAAAACCCGUUCAAGUGCAAAACUUAAUUGCCACAGAUACGAGUGGACAGAUUAUUCAAAUCGAAAUUAAAAAUCUAUUUUCAACUAGCAUGAACGAAAUAUUGAAGCCAAAGAACAUUCUUGCAUUCAUCAACUUGCAUUAUCAAGUGUAUGAUCCUCGUCAUUCGAUAUUCAUUCUAUCCACUUGCGAUGAAACUGAAAUUAAGAUAUCGCCUCGAGAAGCAUAUAUACGAAAAGCGAGAGAAGAUUUGGAAAGCUGGGUCAAGUUUCAUUCGGAAACCAUUGAAAAAUUAGAAGAAAAAGUUAUGCGACUGUGUAAUCCGUAUUUUAUCCCACCCCAACCUAGUUUUUCUGAUCCUCUAUAA